AUGUUAUCGCUCCAACUAGCGCUUACAGUUAUCGUGGCAGCGACGUCACUGAUUACCUGCACGGCAUCGGAGCAGCACGAUGCAGUGCCGGGAACAGAGGUCAAGUGCACGUGCAAUCCGUGCGGGUGUAUGGUAGGCGCGCCACCGCCUCCGUCCCCUCCGCCGCCCUCGCUGCCGCCUCCGAGUAAUCCCUCGAGCUCGUAUUGUCCGCCACCACCGCCCGUGCCCCCCGCGCCGUACCUGUACAUAGUCGGCAACCCGGGGAGCUUGUACCCGGUGGAUCCCGGGUUCUACCCUUCGAAUGCUCGCCGCGAACUCGCCGUGCCGCCGCCGGUUUUCGUGGUGUUCGGAUUCUUAGCACUGUUGUUCUUCCGUGCGUGA